GGAUUAUUAAUGGACCAAACAAAGAAAAAAAAGUCUAUCAUCUAAAAAUGGCCAGCUAAUACCCAAAAUUGUCAUAAGUCAACCGUCUAAUCCCGUUGAACGAUUAACCUGCUAGAGUUUUUGUUUAACAUAAUUAUAGGGGAUCACGAUAGUUUCCCAUUGUUUUGAAAUAAUCUUGACUCAAAAGUAUUAACUAGUUCAACAGCAACAACUUUUAACUGGUGUUAUUUCAUUUUUGAAGUCGGGAUAUUUGAGCUUUGUGAAAUUUUAGGAAUACAAAUUGAAAAGUAAGAUUAAUGCAUGAGUGGUGAUCUGUAAUAUGGAGUCUUAUUGUUUGAGUGUCCGCGUCACCAGAAUGAUCCUGCAGAAGAUGCUGUUGAUCCUGAGUCUGCUACUGCUAGUAUUAGAUGAUUUACCCAGAGGAGGUGCUACUUCCACUGGUACAGAUGAUCCAGCCUUUGUAGGCUACAACUGUCCGGUGGAUGGCUACUCUUACAGUGCAGGCAGCCCGUUUGAAGAAAAUUUGAAAGAUGCCCUUUCCACCCAUCUGGUUGCCAAUGCCUCGCGUUUAGCCUUCUCAAACUUUACUACGGGAGAAGGUGUUGACCAAGUGUAUGCUAUGUACUACUGCAGGGGCGAUGUUGGUCUCCAAACCUGUCAUGAUUGUGUUGAUAGUGCUGCAACAAAAAUAUUAGAUGUAUGCAAACUACUGAAACAAGGCAUAGUUUGGUACGAGGAAUGCACCUUGCGUUAUGCCAACUACUCCAUCAUCUCCUUUGAUACCCAGGAUCUUAACCGUUAUUUCCCAAGACAUAACAACACUCCUGUUAUGGGGGAUUAUCUCAAUCAAUAUCAGCCAAUAUUUGACAGCACCAUGAGAAGCCUCAUUGAUCAGGCAGCUAAUAAUGAUAGCCUUACACCGCGAGGUUUUGCCACAACAAGUGUUAGACUCUCAUCAUCUCAGACAUUAAGGGGGAUGGUUCAAUGUGUUCCCUUCAUUACUGGCACAUCUUGUCAGAGAUGCCUCACAGCGGCUCUCAGGCUAAUGGAUCUUUGGACCACUACUAUGGAAUUUCUUCCAAUUUGUCUAGUUGGGUUUGAGUUGUACGGAUUACAGCCUUCAGCCCCUCCACCCUCUUCAUCAACUCUACCAGUACGCUUUAAGGUUCUUAUACCCCUGCUAUCUGUGGUUGUAAUUUUAUUACUUCUCUGUGGCUUUUGGUUUUGGAAGCGCCAUCCUUCAAAAGGGAAUAAACAUCCACCACCUGGAAAACAGCAAGACGAUCCUUUCAUCCAUGAUUCAAAAGAAAACGAACCGUCAAUUGAAGACAAUCUAGAAGCAAAUGAAAGAGGGAGGCAGCAUGGUUUGGCACAGUUUACCUAUUCUGAAGUGGAAGACAUGACAAGUGGAUUCAGGGAAAAGAUAGGGGAAGGUGGUUUUGCAGUCGUCUAUCAUGGUUGUUUAAAAGAUGGCAGCAAAGAAGUUGCAGUCAAGGUGUUCUCAAAGACCGAGGCCCCUAAGCAAUUUAGCACUGAGAUUGAAGUGCUUGGUCGAAUUUCUCACAAGAACUUGGUUUCUCUCGUUGGAUACUGUGAAGAAGGAACCAACUUGGCACUUAUUUACGAGUUCAUGGCCAUGGGAGACUUGAAAGCUCUUCUCUCAGAAUAUUCUGACUCUAUAACCUGGAGAAAGAGAGUUGAGAUAGCAAUCGACACAGCUCAGGGACUGGAUUACUUGCAUCAUGGUUGCAGCCCGCCUAUAGUUCAUAGAGAUGUGAAACCCGCUAACAUUCUUCUAAACAAAGAAUUUCGAGCAAAGGUAGCUGAUUUUGGGUUUUCCAAAAUCUUCCCAGCUGAAUAUGUUUCAAAUUUACAAACAAGGGUUGUUGGAACACUAGGCUAUCUUGAUCCUCAGUAUAAUUUAACAGGACAGGUGCAUGAAAAAGGCGAUGUUUACAGCUUUGGGGUUGUUCUGUUGGAGCUAAUCACAGGGAAAACAGCAAUAGUAAACAGAGUCAUGAACUUGGGUCAAUGGGUUAGGAGCGUGCUUGAAAGAGGGGAUAUAGCCAGCAUACUAGACCAAAACCUGAGACACGGUGUAGAUGACAACUAUCUCACAGUGUGGAAAACAGUAGAACUAGCAGUGAGAUGUAUUCAGCUAGAAAUUGCAGAUAGGCCAACAAUGACUCAAAUAGUGACAGAACUCAAAGAGUGUUUGAACAUGAUGAACACAGAAAGUUCUAGUUCAGCUAAAGACUCUCUAGAGAUGAUGAGCGCAGCUAUUUCAAGUAGUACGAUGUCUCCCACACCACGCUAGCUAGCUAACACGAGUCACUUUUUAAUUUUUUGAAAGAAAGCUAGCUUAAACUUCUGUUACGUACUCGUCCCAUUCCUUGACUUAAAGCAUCAAGCCUGUAUUAAACUUUGUGUAUUCUUGCUUCUUUUUGAAUUGAUUUUUGUUCCAAAUAGGGUAUAUCCUUGUUAUAGUGAGAAAACUUUAACGAGUUUUUGUUAUGAUUCCAAGCACAUUUUUUUUUUUUGACGGGAUUCCAAGCACAUUAUGAUUGUCAAAUAUGUUGUUAGGUGAAAUGGCUAGGUACGAAUACAAUAACCAAGAACAUAAAUAACUCCGUAUAUUUGUACAGCCCACCAUAUACAAAAAUGAUGUUAUAGUGCAAUUUUUUCCCCAGUUUUUAGAUAGAAUGUACUUCAUUAUUUACUCAGACUUCUAGAUUUGAAAUU